GCAAGGUCCAGUCUGUGAACUUUGAAUGAGGAAGUCCAGCUCUGUGUGGACAAGGUUGAUGAUUAACUGAAGGAGAAAAGGAAAGAAGCACAGAUCAAUGCUGCAGGAAUCCAGCACAUCUCAGACUGUCUGAGCAGAAAUUCUAAUAGUUUAGAUUUUGAUUCACACAUGAUGGAUGAAAGCAGACAAGAGGUUUCUUGUAAAGAACAGAGAGGCCUCCAGGUGAUCCAGGUGAAUGAUUGCAGAGAGGAGAGAAGGAUGAGGAAAACAUUCAGAUAAACGAGAAGCAGACUUUGAAGAAGAACAGUAUGGAAGGAGACAGGAUUCACAUCGGCCUGUGUGAGAAAAUGGACCAGAUCAGAGAUGGAGCUGAACCUGGAUCCUCAAACACAAAAGAUCAGCUGUUCACACAGAGAGUCCAGUCUUCAGCAUCCAGCUGUGUGUCCAUGAAGAGUGACUGGUCCAAAGAACUGAAUCCUCCAGACUUCAGUGCAGAACCUGGACCCUCAGCCUCAAAAGAUCAGCUGCUCACACAGAGAGUCCAGUCUUCAGCAUCCAGCUGUGUGUCCAUGAAGAGUGACUGGUCCAAAGAACUGAAUCCUCCAGACUUCAGAGCAGAACCUGGACCCUCAGCCUCAAAAGAUCAGCUGCUCACACAGAGAGUCCAGUCUUCAGAAUCCAGCUGUGUGUCCAUGAAGAGUGACUGGUCCAAAGAACUGAAUCCUCCAGACUUCAGUGCUGAACCCUCAGACACAAAAGAGAGGAAGAGGAGUGGUGUUUGUGUGAAGGAGCAGCCGUCCACUUGUGCUUUGUGUCAGGAUGUACUGAAGGAUCCGGUCUCUACCAUCUGUGGACACUGGUUCUGUAGACAGUGCAUCACCUCCUACUGGGACCGGUCUGCUCAACCAGGACUCUGCUCUUGCCCCCAGUGUGCAGAAAGGUCCAACAGCAGAGCCUCACCGCAGACAGUCACUGAGAGCACCGGGGACCAAACACAUGUUGGUCUGCCGGAGCUUUUAGAUGAACACCAGAUCAGUCUGAGGAGCAGAUGUGAGCAUGUGACACAAGGAAUUGAGGAAGCAGGAAGUGGAAUGCUCCUCAACAGGAUUUACACAGAGUUGUACAUCACAGAGGGAAAGAGUGAGGAGGUUAACACCCAACAUGAGGUCAUGCAGCUGGAGACACCCUCCAAGAACAGCGAGGUUCUUGAUGUUCCAAUCAGGUGCAACGAUAUCUUUAAACCCUCCCUGAACCAACCUGAAUCCAUCAGAGUGGUUCUGACCAGUGGCGUCGCCGGAGCAGGAAAAAGUCUCUCAGUGCAGAAGUUCUGCUUGGACUGGGCCAACGGCUUGGAGAACCAAGAACUCAGUGCUGUGAUUCCUCUGUCAUUCAGGGAGCUGAAUUUGAUCAGAGAUCAGCAGCACAGUCUUCUCUCACUGGUCCAGCUUUUCCACCCAGAGUUCAAAAAGAUCAAGGCAGAGCAGCUGGCUGUCUGUAAACCUCUCUUCAUCUUUGAUGGCCUGGAUGAAAGCAGAAUCUCUCUGGAUUUCCAGAACCCUCCCUUGGUAUCUGAUGUUGUAGAAAGUUCCUCAGUCGGUAUGCUGCUGACAAACCUCAUCCAAGGACAUCUGCUUCCCUCAGCGCUUAUCUGGAUAACCUCCAGACCUGCAGCAGCCAGUCAGAUCCCUUUGGCAUGUGUUGACAGGGUAACAGAAGUACGAGGCUUCACCGAUGCUCAGAAGGAGGAAUUCUUCAGGAAAAGGUUCAGUGAUGAAGAAGAGCUGUCCACCAGAAUCUUCUCCCACAUCAAGAACUCCAGGACCCUCUAUGUGAUGUGUCAAAUCCCAGUUUUCUGCUGGAUCAUGGCUGUGGUUCUGGAAGACAUGUUGACCACAGAGCAGAGAGGAGAGCUUCCCACCACCCUGACUGACAUGUACUCGUACUUUCUGCUGGUCCAGACAAAGAGGAAUAUGAACAAGUACCAGCAGGAACAUCAGAGCUCACAGGAGCUGUCAGAGGCAGACAGAGAAGUUCUUCUGAAACUGGGAAGGCUGGCAUUUGAACAUCUGGACAAAGGAAACAUCAUGUUCUACCAAGAAGACCUGGAGCAGUGCAGUCUUGAUGUCACAGAGGCCUCAGUGCACUCAGGAGUUUGUACAGAGGUCUUUAAAAGAGAAUGUGAGAUCUUCCAGAAGCCGGUCUAUUGCUUUGUUCAUCUGAGCAUUCAGGAGUUUCUGGCUGCUGUCUACAUGUUCCACUGUUUCACCCACAAGAACUCUGAGGUGAUGCAAGAAUUCCUAAAGAGUCAAACAAGCUCUCUGGAGGAAUUUUUGUGGAGAGUCAUGGAUAUAUCCCUGCAGAGUAAAACUGGACAUCUGGACUUGUUUGCUCGCUUCCUUCAUGGCCUCUCUAUUGAGUCCAACUCCAAACUCUUGGGUAGCCUGCUGGGUCAGACAGAGAACAGUCCAGAAACCAUUCAAAGAGUCAUCAACAACCUACAGCAGGUGAACAGUGGAGACUGCAAAAGGGAGAUGGAUUUCAUCACAACAAAGAUGAUCAAAGAUGAAGUGUCUCCUGACAGAAGAAUCAACGUUUUCCAUUGCAUGAUGGAGAUGAAAGACCUCUCAGUUCAUCGGGAGAUCCACAAAUUCCUAAAAUCAAAGGACAAAACGGAGAAGGAUCUCUCAGAAAUGCAGUGUUUAGCUCUGGCCUACAUGCUGCAGAUGUCAGAAGAGGUUCUGGAUGAGCUGGACUUGGACCAAUACAGAACAUCAAAUGAGGGUCGAAGGAGACUGAUCCCAGCUGUGAAGAACUGUAGGAAGUUUAGGCUGAGAAACUGUGGACUCUCAGAGACUGACUGUGAAACAGUGGCCUUGGCUCUUCUAUCCGACCCGUCUCACCUGACAGAACUGGAUCUGAGUGGAAACCAGCUUCAGGAUUCAGCAAUGAUGCUUCUAUGUGCUGGACUGGAGAAUCCAAACUGUAAACUGGAGAGUCUGAGGCUGAGGAUCUGCAGUUUGUCAGAUUUUAGCUGUGGUCUUCUGGGCUUUGCUCUGAUGUCCAACCCGUCCCACCUGAAAGAACUGGACCUUAGAAGCGCUGACUUUCAGAGUUCAGCAAUGCAGCAUCUGUGUGCUUUUCUGGAGAAUCCACACUGCAGACUGAAGAUUCUGAGGUUGGUGAACUGCACUUUGUCAAAGUUCAGCUGUGCAGCUCUGGUCUCAGCUCUGAAGUCCAGCCCGUCCCAUCUGACAGAACUGGAUUUGAGCUUGAACUUCAUUCAGGAUUCAGGAGUGGAACUUCUGUGUGCCUUUCUGGAGACGUCAUGCUGCCUUCUGCAGACUCUGAGGUUGGAGCGCUGCAAGUUGUCAGUCAUCAGCUGUGCUGCUCUGGUCUCAGCUCUGAAGUCCAACCCAUCCCAUCUGACAGAACUGGACCUGAGUGGGAACAAGCUCCAGGAUUCUGAUGUUCAGCAGCUUCAUGAUCUGGUGAAGAAUCCAAACUUCAAACUGGAAACUCUCAGGUUGAAGUGAUCAAAAGUUGUUCUGAGAGUUUGAUCUUUCUCCUGAUGGUCAGAAGGAGGAAGCAGCAGCAAAGUGAGGAAAGUGUCUAAGUUGGAGAGAUGACUGUUGGAGCUGCAGCUGAAACAUCAUGAAAAAUGGAUUCUUCCUCUUCUGGCUCAUGACAAGGAAAAAAAGUAUUUGAUUUAACGUUGUAAAUUCAGAUUUAGUAAAAAAAAAAUGUAAUCGUUUUAUUUUCUAUAUAUAUGUUUGUUCCAAGGAAUGUUAUUUGUUCAUUAAGUAUUUUUGAAGUUUAAUUUUCAGUACAGAUGAUGGAAAAAGAUUAAAGCCUUUGGUUCAUUUUUAAGAACGUCUCAGUAAUGAAGAAGAUAAACGAUGCUAAAAGUCAGUAAUUUGAUAACAAACAUGUUUUUUUUUCCGUUUUACAAAUCUUUAAGUUAUGUAAAAUAAACUGAGCCCUGAACAAAAAAGAUUCACAAUCAAA